AUGGCCUCUAUGCCAGGCAUCGGUGUUCGACAAGAGUCCAGUCAAAGCCAAGGAGCUUUCCAUAAAGCUGCUGCCUGUUUGCAGAAAAAUGACCUUCAGCAAUUAAAAUCUGUUUCCUGGACACGUGUUUUCUUCUCACAGUUUAGCGAGGAGUACCUGAGGAAGAUGCCGAGGGGUGGAUGGCCACGGGUGAUUGUGGUUGCUGAUGGUUCGUGUGGAGACUCCUGCUCGGUUCUGGGCAUCAGCGCUGAUUACAUCGUAGAAUCAUGUCGCGCUUACGGCGCCAAUGCUACUAUAGAAAGACUGGACCAGAGACAGGUUCCCACACCUGAGAUCCGUGCACAUAGUUUGUAUUUUGAUCUGUCGGCAUACGGGAUCGACACUGUGAGGGAAUCACGCCGCUCCUCGCAGCCGGCAGCGAAGCCUGGAUUCCAUCUGAAGAUCUACGGAACGUUCCGGAACCGCUACAUGGCUCUGGCCUGCACUUCGGACGCAGACUCCAAAAUGAUGCAUUUCCUGCGCCACACGGCCAACUCUUCAAUCAUGAAGAACAUCUUCCACCAGUCGUUUAACGCGUAUAAGACAGACAUCGAGCCGCGUCUGCGUGAACUCACGCUGCACCACAUGCAGUGCAGCCGCAAGCUGUUCGAGAUCAUGCUGUCCUACAGACGCGUCAGCGCCGCUUACAUCGAAGGAGACAACGUCGCCGUGACUGUGGAAGGAGAAGCUGCGCGAGUGCUCAACUUUGACACUGGUUGUGGUGUGAAUCUGGGCAUGAGAGGACUGGAGUCUCUGGGAAUGUUCAUCUACAGAACGGCCACGGCGCUGGACCAGAACGACGUGUUUGAGGCGCUCUCGGCCAAAAUCCAGCACUCCAGACACGUGGCAGAGACUUUCAGGAAGAGCGGACUGGCCUCGGCAGUGUUUGAAUGACCCUGAGCGUGAGUGUUUUGAGGGGAGUUAUAAACUUACAACUAGAGCCUGACCGAUA